AGACCAAACUUUGGUUUCCAAUUCCUCGACUUGUUACGUCUUACGUAAGACGUCGUGACGCGGCGAUCAGUCAAUUUUUCAACGGCGCGUUCCGUACCUCGGUGGCAUUGAUGGUGACUGCGGCGGAGAUUGACGUUUCGAUGAGUGUCCGGACGCUCGAGGAGCUGACCUAUACGAAGUCGAUGGGUGAUGGUUUGUUCUCGAUUCAGAUGAGGCCCAACUACAACGUGAUCGUCGAUCAUCCAUGUAGGACGGCGCACUGGCAGCGUUUCUACUUUUACGUCAAGUCUGACGGUUUUGCCUUCGAGGAGCCGCCCGACGAUUCCUUUCGAUUUUUGUGGAAUCAUAAACUUGUUGAUCACCCUGACACGGCCUUUUAUCCGGAAGAUUUCGUAUCUGAUGCUCGUGCAGUUGUUUCGCGCGUCCAAGUAAGCUGGAAGGAUAUCACCAUCGAGAGGAUUCGACGAGUGCUCGACAGAAUCUCGAGGAAGGAUUGGAGGUCUGAUCUAUUACCUUUGAUUACCGGUAACAAGCGACGGUUUUCGAUAUUCAGUAGUGCCGAGCAAAAGAUCAUCAACGCGGCCAGAGAAAUGAAAGAGCUUCCAGACUUGAGUGCGCUAAUCAAGAAAAAGCUGAGCGAGGCAAAAAGGGGAUCUUCUGCGACUCCUAGCGAGACAACUCCUAGUGGGACGACUCCUCGCGAAGAGACUCCUCGUGAAAAGACUCCUCGCGAGAAGACUCCUCGUGGAGCAAUUCCUCCCGCUCCUCUUCCUCUUGUAGUUUCUCCCAGACCGUCUUCGGGCCCAGUUAUUGUCGGCUCCUCGAGGGAGGAUCUCACAUUGAUCUCUGAACGAGAGACUGCUGAACCAUCGGUGACUGGUGGCAAUAAGAAGAGAUCUGCUCCUGACUCCUCUACGCCGGCUACCUCUCAAGCAAGGACCGAAUCCGAUGGUCCUCCGAAGAAGAAAAAGAAAAAUGAGAAGAAGAAGAAGAAAUCUGCUGAGGAACAGUCGGAGCCUGCUGAGGACACCGGGAAUCGUGAGACUGUUAUCGAGAAAAGUCUUUCUCGCGAUGCUGCGGCUCGGGGAGUCGUCGAUUCGGAUAACUCCCCGUCCAUCCCUCUGAAGAGGAAAAAGAGCUCCCGCAGUCAUGAGUUGUCUACUCCGGCUUCGUCUGCUUCUGCUGCGAAGAUUCCUCCAGCUGCACCUCAGACUCUUGUUGAAGGCGGUUCGACCUCUGAAGAUCGUCGGGUCAAAUUUCGUGACCACGUGGAGUUCAAGUACGUCGGCGAAACUCCUCUCUCUUUUGCCCCGACUGACUGUGCUGAGCUUGUUCGGCAAAUUAAGGGUGGUCGCAAGGACCUGCCCGCUGUCAAGGACCUUAUUUUCAAGGACGCGUAUGUCGAUGCGGCGAGGACUAAAAUUCUGAGCGACGGGAGCAUGAAUUACGUCGUCGAGUUAUAUGAUUCAGCCCUUAAGGAGGCCACGUCCAAGUUAAAGCAAGCCGACAAGCUCGCUCGAGCGAAGGAUGUAUCUCAUGACCGCAAGACGAAGGAAUUUAAGGCGACAAUUGAUAAGGUCGCGGAGGAACGGGCUCAACUGAUUGAGAGGAAGAAGGCUCAGAAGGCUCAUUUCCUGGAGAAAUUCGGGGAGUUGAAAGAUAAAUUUGAUGCUGCGGGUGUAAAGAUACGAGGACUUGAGGAGGAGAAGAGGGCCUGGUUAAGAGAGAAGGCAGCCAUGGAGGAGAAGAUGGUGUCCACCGCGCUGAGGCACUUGAAAGAGGUCAACAGACUGAGGGACUCUCGGGGUCAUGAGGUUACUCACGAGCGGUUUCGUGUACAGACGGCCAUGAUUGCUAAGAGCAACAAGCGUUUCUCCCAAAUUCGAGAUCUCGAGAAGCGUCGUAGUGAGUUUGAAACAGUUAGAUCCUUGCAGAGCCAAGCUUUUGGGACAAAGAAAUGCCUCGAAGCGCUUAAGGAGAGCGGGAUCGACAUUCCGCAAGAGACGAUUGACUUGUUCGCCGAACAAGAGAAGGAGUACGAGACUGCGGCUGAUCGACUAGCUGUCGGAGGAAUUCCCGAGGAGCUUCUCUGUCUUUCUCCUCUUCAUCUUCGAUCUCCUUUUCUAAACGAGAAUGUGUGGGCGACGAUCGACCCAUAUGGAUCGAACGCGGGCCUGAUUGAUGCUGGGACCGCUGCUUUCCUUCAAACUCCUAGUAGUUCUCAAGGAGAUCAUGCGAACGAAGAAUCUGUAGAACCAUCUGGAAGAGAGCUCGGGGAGCCAUCUUUUCAUGAAGGUAGGAUCGUUGGUGAGGUUGCAAGGCUCGAGGAUACGACCGUUGCACCUGCUUUGGAUCCGACUACGCUCUCCACCAGCAUCGUUGUGAAUGAAGAUCCGUUGGUCCCGGCUCUUGGGACUGGUGCCGAGACGAGGACAGAGGCUGUUAAUCUUCUCGAACUCUCAGAUUCUUCGACUGAAGAAGAGGGUGGCGAACACCCGGAGGAGACUGAAUCUGGUUUAGUUGGUAACCCGCAAAAUGAAGAGGGAAUGGUCGACAGAAUUGACAAUCUACCAGUCCUUCCAGCGGACGUGACUGCUCAGGUCGUCGAGGGAGGUUCCAACCGUGCCGAAGACUAGCUUAAUAUGUUGUUGUUGUUUCUUUUAGACUUUUGGUUUUUGGCCCUUGGAGGCUUUUGUUGAUGUAAUAUCUGGAUUUAUUUUGCUUUUGCGGCUAUCUGUUGUUUCAGACUUUCAGUAA